AUGGAGUGGAGCCGUUUACGCCAGGAUUUGGAAAAUUUAAACUUUCUUGAAAUCAAAAGUGAAGUUCUCUAUGACAAUCCCUCUGAAAUUCAGCUUUGCGGAUUUGCAGACGCAUCGGAGAAAGCUUACGGUGCUUGCCUUUAUCUUCGUUCAGUCGGUCAUGAUUCAUCUGCAACAGUAAAUCUUGCGCUAUGCGCUAAAACCAAAGUAGCCGCUAUCAAGUCAUUGACAAUCCCUAAACUAGAAUUAUGCGCUGCUCUUUUGUUAGCUAGAUUAGGGCACAAGGUUUUUAAGUCCAUUGGUCUAGAUUUUAAGAAAGUUAUUUUUUGGUCCGAUUCAUCCAUCACAUUGGCGUGGUUGAAAACUAAUCCUAACCUUCUAAAGGUGUUUGAAAGCAAUAGAGUCGCAGAAAUCCAAACGUUAACCGAGAACUUUAAGUGA